CCAGAAACAAAACUACCUCUGUCGUCGACUCGUCGCCCUCCGCCGCCGCCUCGCAGCCAACCCAGCCGAAGCCCGAGUCCGCCAAGCCAUGGCCGGGAAGAAGCGCAAGUCCGCCUCCGAGAAGCAGCCGAAGCACCGCCUACCCCUGGGCGCCGACGCCGACGCGGUCGCCGACGCCUCGAAGCGCCGCCGCUCAGGCGCCACCAAGCAGCACCAGGCGGAUGAGGAGGCGUCCAUCCCUUUGUCCCUCAGCGCCAAGAUCCUCCGCGAGGCGCGCAAGCAGCAGCAGGAGGAGAUGCUCGCCGACUCCAGCGACGAGGGGCCCUCAACCGCUGCCGCUGGGGCGUCCAAUUCCUCCUCCUCCUUUCCCGUUCCCACCGCGGAUGACGAGGAGGUGGAUGUCGACGAGUUCGACGACUUCGACACGCUGAGCGAGUACGACGGCGACGAGGUGGAGAUCAACGAAGAGGACGAGAAGGCGCUCGCUGCCUUCAUGUCAAAGGACAAAGCUGCCGAUCUCACACUCGGUGAUAUCAUUCUCCAGAAGAUCAGAGAGAAGGACGCCGAGGUCUCAACGGAAGGACGGCCUCGUGUAAAGUUGGACGACAGCAUUGUUGAGCUUUAUAAAGAGGUUGGGAAGUUCUUAAGCCGAUAUACAAGUGGAAAAAUUCCCAAAGCAUUCAAGCGCAUACCAUCGUUGGAAUGCUGGGCAGACGUGCUGCAGCUAACUGAGCCAGAGAAUUGGUCACCCAAUGCAGUUUAUCAAGCAACACAGCUCUUCUCUUCAAACAUGAAUACGAAGAACGCUGAACGAUUCUAUGAAGCCAUUUUGCUCCCUCGUGUUCGUAAUGACAUAAGGCAGAACAAGAGGCUGCAUUUUGCACUCUACCAGUCGCUGAAAAAGUCCCUUUAUAAGCCUGCGGCCUUCAACAAGGGAAUUUUGCUGCCACUUUGUCGGGAAAGGGAUUGCACUCUCCGUGAAGCAGUAAUUAUUGGAAGUAUUAUCCAGAAAGUCUCCAUUCCUUUUCUCCAUGCAAGUGUAGCGUUAGUGAAACUAGCAGAGAUGGAAUACUGUGGCACUACUAGUUACUUUAUCAAGCUAUUUCUUGAUAAGAAAUAUGCUUUGCCAUACCGUGCACUUGAUGCAGCGCUAGCUCAUUUCAUGCGGUUUCUUGAUGAUGAGAGGAUCAUGCCUGUUAUAUGGCAUCAAUCACUGCUUGCAUUUGUGGAAAGAUACAAGAACGAGUUAGAGAAAAAGGAUAAGGAGAAACUUGCACGUUUGUUGGAUCACCAGAAGCACUAUUUGGUUACUCCAGAAAUUCGAAGGGAACUUCGGAGCAGCUGCAACAGGGGUGAAAAAGAUACCCAUAUGCAGAUUUCAUCACCUAUUUCCGUGAUCACCAAACCAAUUGAGGAAGACAGAUGGGAUGUACCGGAAGUACCAAUGGAGCAAGAUUAGUCCGUUCAAAUUUAUAUUCAUUGCUGAGAGUGCCACAUUCCUUGGUGUCAAUUUUUACAUAAAACAUUUUUGGGCAUCACCUUUUUAGAGGUAAACAAUAGUAAUAUGAACGUGGACAUAUAUUUGAAAUGAAUUUGGAUUCUGUAUUAUUCAGUUGUGGUCUAAUAUACUGUAUGCAGUGUUACCGGGACA